AUGGAAACAAACAUUGUUCAGACUCCAUCCGGUGCUCUCAAAGGCAAGAUCAGCGACGAGGUCUUGUCCUUCCACGGCGUUCCAUAUGCCCAGCCUCCUGUUGGAAAUCGGCGUUUUCGCUCUCCUGUCCCCAUCGCCUGGGAUGGAGUUCGCGAUGCCACCGAGUCCGGCCCUGCUUCUUACCAGAUCAACAGCAGCAAUCUGGCUCGGGUUUCUCGUCUCAUCGAAGAGCUUGAUCCAGGCGUGCCCGGAGUAAUGUCCUGGCCAGCCUAUGUGGGGAAAACUUAUAACCAGGAUGUCACCAGUGAGGACUGUCUCUACCUCGAUAUCUGGCGGCCCAGUGGCAUGAAACCUGGCCAGAGACUGCCGGUGUAUGUGUAUUAUCACGGCGGUGCCAACUCAGUCAGUGCGGGCUCUUUCAGGCUCGAGAGAGGGUCAAACCUGGCCAGACAGGAAAACAUCAUCGUCGUCCGGCCCAACUACCGGAUGGGGGCGCUUGGUUGGGUGCAUUUCAGUCUGAUCAGUGCCGAGGAGUUCCCCGAGGCCACGAAUUUAGGGCUGCAAGACCAGAUCGCCGCACUGCGCUGGGUUUAUGACCAUAUCGAGUCCCUUGGAGGCGACAGAGAAAACAUCACCAUCGGCGGCGAGUCGGCGGGCGGCACGGCAGUCUCCCAUCUCCUGACGUAUCCAGGCACUCAACAGCUUGUUCGACGUGCGAUCAUCCAGUCCCUGUCGCCGUUCAAUGUGUGGUGCACCCAGCAGAAAGAAGAGGCGGCGGUGAUUGCUCGACGGUAUCUGCAAUUGUUGCGCAUCCAACACGAUCCAACGAAAUUACAUGGAAUUGACCCGGAUUACUUUCUGGCUGUGCACAACAUUCUCUGCCGCCAGUUCCCUGCAGAUGCCAAUAUUGCCUGGAGCCCUGUAGGAGGUGUUGUGGAUGGAGAGUUCAUCCCCGACACACCUGCUCUGGCGCUCUCUCAGAUGGUAUAUCCCCGUCCGGAUUUCGAGCUGAUGAUCGGCUUCGCAAAGGAUGAGUGGCAGUUCUUCCGCGGUCAUACAGCAACCAUGACAAACGGGACUGAGGCCGAUGCUCUGGCUAUCAUCGAGCAGGUGUUUGGGCAGGAACAAGCACGCAAAGUGUGGAAAAGAUACCGGGAUCUUUACCCAACCCACGCACCCGGCCAUCUCGCCAGCGACAUCAUGUCCAUGGAGUUCUUCAAGUAUUCUUCCCUGACCAUCGCGACGAAUUUCGCCAAGCAGGGAUUCGCGGUAUAUGUGUUUCAGUUUUCAUACGACCUGCCGGGCCUGGGUGGGUAUUUGCGAGCUGUUCAUACGGGCGAUGUCCCAUUCAUUUUCCGUAACUAUACCGAUGAGGAUCUGAUAAUGUGGCCUGGCUUUGAUGGAGUCGAUAACGAUGAGAUCGCCCGGAUUUCAACCAAUUUCGGUCAGCUUUACGGAUCCUUCAUCAAACAGGGGGUUCCCGGUUCGAGGUGGCCUGCGUUUUCUCCUGAGAGGCAAACCGUAUUAUGGGUUGGAAAAGAGGUUGUUGCAAAGGAACGACUUCUAGAAAGUGAGCAGAAGGGCUUCAUGGAAGCUGGGAUCACAAGCUUUGCAGUUUUGCAAACGAGAAUACUUCAAAAUACUCGACAGGUCAUAGGCAUGCUCUGA